UUAGUGAAGGGAUGGUUGAUGAUGGAUAUGAAGAUGUGGUUAAUAUUGAUAUAUCUUCUGUUGCGAUUGAGACAAUGCGAGAACGAAACUUUAAUCGUCCGCAGUUGAAAUAUUUAAAAAUGGAUGUUCGGAAUAUGAGUGUAUUUCAAUCGGAUUCCUUUGCUGCUGUCAUCGAUAAAGGAACUUUGGACUCCCUUCUGUGCGGGCAUAAUUCACGAGAAAAUGCUGCAAAGAUGCUGCGGGAGGUUGCUAGGGUCCUCAAGGCUAAUGGAGUAUACAUUCUGAUUACGUAUGGAGCACCAACAUAUAGAUUACAUUUGCUGAGAUCAACAAUAAAACUUCAUGUUAUAAUACUUCAUGUUAUAGGAAAAGCUUUUCUAGAAGCAAGCUCUGAGCAUCACACGCAAGAACUAACCUCUCCUGUUCCACUGAAUGAUGACCUGAGUUUGACCCUUGUGAAAAAUCCUGAUGUCCAUUAUAUUUAUGUAUGUAUCAAGAAGAAUUGUAGAACAGGGUGCAAUUUUCACCAGUGGCAUGACCCCCCUGUUUGUGGUAGAUCGGGAAAUAUUAUCCCUGGCUUGUUAAAAAGGAUCGAAAGAUUGGAACGUGAAAUUGAGAAGCGUGCUCGAAACGAGAAGAGAAUGAAGUAA